CGCACCGGUCGAAAAGCGCACCAGUCGAAAAGCGCACCGGUCGAAAAGGGCACCGGUCGAAAAGGGCACGGGUCCAAUAGGGCACAGGUCGAAAAGGGCACCGGUUGGAAAGGGCACCGGUCAAAAAGGGCACCGGUCGAAAAGCGCACCGGUCGAAAAGCGCACCGGUCGAAAAGGGCACGGGUCCAAUAGGGCACAGGUCGAAAAGGGCACCUGUUGGAAAGGGCACCGGUCGAAAAGCUCACCGGUCGAAAAGGGCACCGGUCGAAAAGCGCACCAGUCGAAAAGCGCACAGGUCGAAAAGCUCACUGGUCGAAAAGCGCACCGAUCGAAAAGCGCACCGGUCGAAAUGCGCACCUUUCGAAAAGCGCACCGGUAGAAAAGGGCACUGGUCGAAAAGGGCCACGGUUGAAAAGGGCACCGGUCGAAAAGCGCACCGGUCGAAAAGCGCACCGGUCGAAAAGCGCACCGGUAGAAAAGGGCACUGGUCGAAAAGGGCCACGGUUGAAAAGCGCACCGGUCGAAAAGCGCACCGGUCGAAAAGCGCACCGGUCGAAAUGCGCACCGGUCGAAAAGCGCACCGGUCGAAAAGCGCACCAGGGGAAAAGCGCACCGGUUGAAAAGCGCACCGGUCCAAAAGGGCACCGGUCGAAAAGGGCACCGGUCGAAAAGCGCACCAGGGGAAAAGCGCACCGGUCGAAAAGCGCACCGGUCCAAAAGGGCACCGGUCCAAAAGGGCACCGGUCGAAAAGUGCACCGGUCGAAAAGCGCACCGGUCGAAAAGGGCACCGGUCCAAAAGGGCACCGGUCGAAAAGCGCACCGGUCGAAAAGGGCACCGGUCGAAAAGGGCACCGGUCGAAAAGGGCACCGGUCGAAAAGCGCACCGGUCGAAAAGGGCACGGGUCCAAUAGGGCACAGGUCGAAAAGGGCACCUGUUGGAAAGGGCACCGGUCGAAAUGGGCACCGGUCGAAAAGCGCACCGGUCGAAAAGCGCACCGGUCGAAAAGCGCACGGGUCGAAAAGCGCACCGGUCGAAAAGCGCACCGGUCGAAAAGGGCACCGGUAGAAAAGGGCACCGGUCGAAAAAGGGCACCGGUCGAAAAGGGCACCGUCGAAAACGGCACCGGAUGAAAAGCGCACCGGUCGAAAAGCGCACCUCUCGAAAAGCGCACCGGUCGAAAAGCGCACCGGUCGAAAAGCGCACCGGUCGAAAAGCGCACCGGUCGAAAAGCUCACCGGUCGAAAAGGGCACCGGUCGAAAAGCGCACCGGUCGAAAAGCGCACCGGUCGAAAAGCGCACCGGUCGAAAAGCCCACCGAUCGAAAAGCGCGCCGGUCGAAAUGCGCACCGGUCGAAAAGCGCACCGGUCGAAAAGCGCACCGGUCGAUAAGGGCACCGGUAGAAAAGGGCACCUGUCGAAAAGGGCACCGGUCGAAAAGGGCACGGUCGAAAAGGGCACCAGAUGAAAUGCGCACCGGUCGAAAAGCGCACCGGUCCAAAAGGGCACCGGUCGAAAAGUGCACCGGUCGAAAAGCGCACCGGUCGAAAAGGGCACCGGUCCAAAAGGGCACCGGUCGAAAAGCGCACCGGUCGAAAAGGGCACCGGUCGAAAAGGGCACCGGUCGAAAAGGGCACCGGUCGAAAAGCGCACCGGUCGAAAAGGGCACGGGUCCAAUCGGGCACAGGUCGAAAAGGGCACCUGUUGGAAAGGGCACCGGUCGAAAUGGGCACCGGUCGAAAAGCGCACCGGUCGAAAAGCGCACCGGUCGAAAAGCGCACGGGUCGAAAAGCGCACCGGUCGAAAAGCGCACGGGUCGAAAAGCGCACCGGUCGAAAAGCGCACGGGUCGAAAAGCGCACCGCUCGAAAAGCGCACCGGUCGAAAAGGGCACCGGUAGAAAAGGGCACCGGUCGAAAAAGGGCACCGGUCGAAAAGGGCACCGUCGAAAACGGCACCGGAUGAAAAGCGCACCGGUCGAAAAGCGCACCUCUCGAAAAGCGCACCGGUCGAAAAGCGCACCGGUCGAAAAGCGCACCGGUCGAAAAGCGCACCGGUCGAAAAGCUCACCGGUCGAAAAGGGCACCGGUCGAAAAGCGCACCGGUCGAAAAGCGCACCGGUCGAAAAGCGCACCGGUCGAAAAGCCCACCGAUCGAAAAGCGCACCGGUCGAAAUGCGCACCGGUCGAAAAGCGCAUUGGUCGAAAAGCGCACCGGUCGAAAAGGGCACCGGUAGAAAAGGGCACCGGUCGAAAAGGGCACCGGUCGAAAAGGGCACGGUCGAAAAGGGCACCGGAUGAAAUGCGCACCGGUCGAAAAGCGCACCGGUCGAAAAGCGCACCGGUCGAAAAGCGCACCGGUCGAAAAGCGCACCGGUCGUAAUGCGCACCGGUCGAAAAGCGCACCCGUCGAAAAGCGCACCGGUCGAAAAGGGCACCGGUCGAAAAGGGCACGGGUCCAAUAGGGCACAGGUCGAAAAGGGCACCGGUUGGAAAGGGCACCGGUCAAAAAGGGCACCGGUCGAAAAGCGCACCGGUCGAAAAGCGCACCGGUCGAAAAGGGCACGGGUCCAAUAGGGCACAGGUCGAAAAGGGCACCUGUUGGAAAGGGCACCGGUCGAAAAGCUCACCGGUCGAAAAGGGCACCGGUCGAAAAGCGCACCAGUCGAAAAGCGCACAGGUCGAAAAGCUCACUGGUCGAAAAGCGCACCGAUCGAAAAGCGCACCGGUCGAAAUGCGCACCUUUCGAAAAGCGCACCGGUAGAAAAGGGCACUGGUCGAAAAGGGCCACGGUUGAAAAGGGCACCGGUCGAAAAGGGCACGGUCGAAAACGGCACCGGUCGAAACGGGCACCGGUCGAAACGGGCACCGGUCGAAACGGGCACCGGUCGAAAACGGCACCGAAAAG